AUGACGUGCAUACUCAAACGAGCUACAUAGACAUGAAUGCGUUGCAUUAACAGACGUGCUGCAAAAAGAAGAAGUGCCACAGGCCUCUAGCAGUAGUGACCGUUUCACGUGAUAGGCAGACAGCGGUGAGCGAGACAAGUGACGUUACUUGAGGGAACAGCAGCAUGAAAAGGCUGAACAUGGCUUCAACUGUCUCUGCUGUCAUGGGGAAUCUAUCUACGGAAAUCUUACAGAGCUAUACCACAUCUUCGCUCCAUGAGACCAGCACUGAAUACGACUAUCCUGACUAUGGUGACAUUGAUAGCUAUAUACCUUGUGACUACGGGAGACAUGGGGUCAGAUUCCUUCCAGCCCUCUACUCCAUUUUCUUCCUCCUGGGCCUCGUGGGUAACUCCCUGGUCAUCUGGGUCAUUGCUUGUGGGGCACAACUCCGCAGCAUGACUGACGUGUGCCUGCUGAACCUGGCCAUCGCUGACCUUCUCUUGGUGUGUUCCCUUCCCUUCCUAGCCCACCAAGCCCGGGACCAGUGGCUGUUUGGGGAUGGCAUGUGCAAGGUGGUCCUGGGCAUUUAUCAUAUUGUUUUUUACUGUGGGAUCUUUUUCAUCAGUCUCAUGAGCAUCGACCGGUACUUGGCCAUAGUGCACGCUGUUUACGCCAUGAAAGUCCGUACAAGGACCUUUGGAGUGAUUGCAGCUGCUGUUACAUGGGUGGCUGGAUUUUUGGCUUCGUUUCCCGACCUGAUUUUUCUCAAGCAGCAGAUAAAUAAUACAUCUCAGUAUCACUGCUUCCCUGACUAUUCUGAAAUAAAUUCUACCAGCAAUCACUUCUGGAGAAUCUUCAGCCUUUUUAAAAUGAACAUUUUGGGUUUAUUUGUCCCCAUUCUCAUCAUGGGUUUCUGCUACUCCCAGAUCAUCUGGAGGCUGCUGAAUAGCCAGUCAUCCAAAAAGCAGGCCGUCCGUUUAGUUGUUGUAGUGGUAAGUGUUUUCUUGUUCUGCUGGAUUCCCUACAACGUUGCAUCGUUCUUCAAAGCUCUGGAGCUACUACAAGUCCACACAGGAUGCGAAAGCAGCAAAGCCAUCACAUGGGCUUUACAAAUCACAGAGGUCAUUGCCUACUCUCACAGCUGCCUCAAUCCCAUCCUGUAUGUGUUUGUUGGGGAGAAGUUUAGGAGACAACUG